AAGCUUUAAUAUUGCGUGUUGGUUGUUUGUGCACAACUUGCUGUACAAAGUUCCUUUAUGUGUUGUGUUGUCGUAUCUUUUCCAGGCAUGAUUGUAAUUGGUGUAGAUGAGGAGCUCGGGCCACAGGUGUAUAAGUGUGACCCAGCAGGUUAUUACUGUGGCUUCAAGGCCACGGCUGCAGGUGUCAAGCAGACAGAGGCUACAAGCUUCCUGGAGAAAAAAAUGAAGAAGAAACUUGACUGGACCUUUGAGCAGACAGUUGAGACGGCGAUCACUUGUUUAACAACUGUUCUGUCGAUCGAUUUCAAGCCAUCUGAGUUGGAGGUAGGCGUCAUCACAGCAGAGGAUCCGAAAUUCAGGAUUCUGUCAGAGUCAGAGGUGGACACUCAUUUGGUGUCUCUGACUGAGAGGGACUGAGAUCUCCAGGGUGCUGCUCACAGUAUUAAGAUACGUAGGAUCCCGUUCUGAGCUUUUGUUCUUAUGUAAAUUCCCCGUUCCAUUAAAUACAUUUUGAGAAAAA